AUGGAUGCUGUUGAAGGAGAACAGCAGAUGCUCAACAUGUCACUUGUUACACUUGUAAUUACUGUAACAGGUGACACGGUGAUGCAACAUAUCCCCAAAAACGGUCAAUCAACUCAAAACUCCACCAAACCCUUUAUCAUGUCACAGGGUGGUUCUGCCCCAUACGAUUACAGUUCUCAUGGAAAUGGUGCUCCACCUUUCCGUGGACCUUUAAACCCGAAUGAUCACAGCUUGAACCAAUAUAACAUCGACUCAUUUAUGCCUCGGGAUAGUCGAUUUGAUCCUUACUCGGGACCCAGCAACCCAGCAGGUCAUAGAAGCUCCACCACUUUACCACAACGCUUUCCCAACCCCAAUCGCCAUCAAUCUAACCCAACUCAAUUAGCACCCCUUCCAGUCUUUGAUACCCUUGCUACUCAAGCUAGUCUGAACACUGAAAACCGAGAGCAUGCUCGAAUUUGUAGUAAUCGAUUGGAAAAUGAUCCUCGAUUAAACGCGUUACUUGUGUACACAGCUCAGUGUCAUCAGGAUAUUGUCCAGAGACUCAAUCAGAUAUCAACAUCCCAUCCUGCUCCUAGUUCAGCAAGCAACAGCACUUCAACCACUUCGGGUACUGUGUGGCAACCAACGGAAGAACUCAAGUCUAUCGGUGACCCUACCCUUCAAGCGUAUACCAUUACCAAGGGUGUUAUCUCCACAAUAGGCGAGAAGAGAACACUCACUCACUCACUUGAGAUGAUUCUUCAAAUCCGACUCCAAAGACAGGAUACUGCUUGGAAGACCAGGAACUUUUUACCAGGAUCUACAACCCGUUUUCCCAAGGACCUCAUCACCUUCAUCAAGAAAAGACUCAAAAUUGUUCGAGAGAAUCUACAUAACCUCCUCCGUCACAAUGCUAGCCCCAAUCGUGGCUUUGUGGAAAACCCACUUCCAACUUUACAAAAUAUAUAUCUUUCUUUGUUGACAGAGUGUACUUACUUCACUUAG